AUGGAGCGUUGGACCGCUGAACAUCGUGCGUUUGUAGUCGAGACGUUUUUUAGAAAUAAUGAUUCUGUGAUUCUAACGCAAAGGAGUUUCUGUAUACGGUUUAACAUUCCCCCUCGUGGUGCGAUCCCGUCACGAAACACAAUUCUUCUGUGGGUUUGGAACUUUCAGAACACUGCGUUUGGAACCACAAGAAGGAGAGGAGGAUCACCUCGAACGGUAAGAACUCCUGCUAACGUUGAGGCUGUUCGACAUGCUUUUGAACGGAGCCCUCGUCGCUCUGCCAUUCGUCACGCCCAAGCUCUUCGGAUCUCCGACCGGUCUGUGAGACGUAUUCUUCAUGACGACUUGAGCUUCCACCCUUACAAGAUUGCUAUUGUUCAAGAGUUACAAGCAGGAGAUUUUGGUAGAAGGUUGAAUUUUGCUGAAACCAUGUCAAGAAAGAUUGAGGAAGACCCUGGAAUCAUUGUUUUGACUUCAGACGAAGCUCAUUUCCACCUUAAUGGAUGUGUUAAUAAACAAAAUUUCCGUUAUUGGGCCCCAAAUAACCCACGGGAACUUCAUCAGCGGCCUCUUCACUGUGAAAAAGUAACUGUCUGGGCUGCAGUGUGUAGGUCAACAGUUAUAGGGCCUUAUUUUUUUGAAGAGGGUGGCCAUACAGUGACAGUGAACUCAGAGCGUUAUGUUGCCAUGAUCCGUGACUUUCUCAUUCCUGAGUUAUGUCGCCACCGCAUACCUCUCAGGAGGGUAUGGUUUCAGCAGGACGGAGCUACUGCCCAUACCUCGCGGGCCUCCAUGGCUCAACUCAGAGGAUUUUUCCCAGGCAAGCUGAUCUCGCUCAGGGGUGACAUUGAAUGGCCAGCACGUUCUCCCGACUUGUCCCCUUGUGACUUUUAUCUGUGGGGGUAUCUCAAGGGAAGAGUGUAUGUUGACAAGCCAAGAAAUUUGGAUCAACUGAAGGAGAAUAUUCGGCGAGAACUUCGUGAGAUCCCGCGGCAAACGUUGGAGAGAGUCAUGACGAACUUUUCCAAGAGACUCAUACAGUGUACAGAAAAUGGUGGUCAACAUUUAAAUGACGUAAUUUUUGCGCCGUAA